ACGAUAAUGUUGGAAAUUAACCAAUAAAAGUGCAGUCCUGUGCGAGCCUUCAUUUGCAUACAGGCUCUAUAAGUAGCACGUAAUCAAGCCCUUUGGAAGUAGUCCGGAUCGCUUUUGGUGUGUAAACGCUGCUAUUUGCAAAAAUGCCUGAUCCAGCAAAAUCGGCUCCCGCUCCCAAGAAGGGUUCCAAAAAGGCUGUCACGAAGGUGCAAAAGAAGGACGGCAAGAAGCGCAAGCGCAGCCGCAAGGAGAGCUACUCCGUCUACGUGUACAAGGUGCUGAAGCAGGUGCACCCCGACACCGGCAUCUCGUCCAAGGCCAUGGGCAUCAUGAACUCGUUCGUCAACGACAUCUUCGAGCGCAUCGCCGGCGAGGCCUCCCGCCUGGCGCAUUACAACAAGCGCUCCACCAUCACCUCCCGGGAGAUCCAGACGGCCGUGCGCCUGCUGCUGCCCGGCGAGCUGGCCAAGCACGCCGUGUCCGAGGGCACCAAGGCCGUCACCAAGUACACCAGCUCCAAGUAAGGGCGCGCAAAGGACGCAGUAGAGGCUACUUCACCCCAACGGCUCUUUUCAGAGCCACUUAAUUUGUCACAGAAAGGGGCUGUAAGCGCUCGCUAAAAGACUUGAGCUUUUGGGUAGGUGGGGUGGGCCUGUGAUCUCGGAAGCGUUUGGGUAUGGCGCUAGGUUAGGACCGUGGUUGUCGGAAUCUGGAAUCUCCCGGAGUGCGAUGGUGCCACCUAGUGGCACGGCUCUUACUAAUAAACUAGUUCUCAAAGUGAUUUUUUUUUUUUUUUUUAAGAUUUUAUUUAUUUAUCCACGAGAGACAUAAAGGCAGAGACCGGGAGAAGCAGGCCCCCUGUGGGAAGCCGGAUAUGGGAUUUGAUUCCAGGACCCUGGAAUCCUGACCUGAGCCAAAGGUAGACGCUUAAUCAACUGAGCCACCCCGGCGCCCCUCGAAGUGAUCUUACUUAGAUCUACGGAGUCCACAAUGGGAGCCUACGUACCAGUAACUGAGCAAGCAGGUUUAAUGAAGUUUAGUAAAGUUUUUAUUUGGGGGAGGGGCUGCUGUUCGACUUGGUUUCUUUGCCCAUAAACUGUGAGCAGGUUUCCUUAAGUGAGCUGAACUUGUUUUCAGCGUGCGGAUGGAGAUCUCCGUUUCCCACUCUCCACCGCCUUAAUGUCCUUAUUAAAAAUGUCUGGGUAUCCCAAAACCAAUGAUGCCCUAUGCUUUAGUCCUUUGGUCUGCCAGUAAGUCCUGACCCUAGCAAUCCUUGCCUAACUUUCUCAGCCUAAUGUCUUAACCAGAUAGGGAUUUUUUUAUUUAUUUUUGCCUCCCAUCCCUUGGGACAUUUAAUUGGACGCUAACCGGCAUUUAGUGGUUAAAGGCCAGGGAUGCUGAUUAACAUACCCUAAUGCAUAGGGCAGCCCCGCAGCCAAGAAUUCCUCUAACAUCAGUCCUCAGGCAGUGGUUGGCCAACCCAGCACCCUGGCUUCCUUUCUGUCAGGAUUUAAUUUUCAUUUGGAACAAACUUCAUCACCACCUAGCCAACAUUACUGCUCUUGGUGAAAGCUGAGCAGAACCCAUUUACUGUGAUUGCUUACACUCCACAGGAGAUGCUCUUUCUCUUCUCCAGGGCAAAGAACUUGUUUCCUCUAACCAUUUCCUGGUUCUAAGAGCCACCUUGGUGCUUGGUAAACAUUCCCAGGUGCUUCUGAAGUUUCCGAAUAGGUUGGAAAUGGGGGUUGGGGAGGUGGUUUUUAGUGUUCCCAGGUGUAUUUUUAAAAUGUUUGGGGUGCAUGAUGUGCAAAUGGCCACAGCUAAAAGGAGAUGAAUUUCUAAAGAUCCCUUAGUUCAAAACUUGCAUAACUCAAGACCUUUUGACAGGCUGGUGAAUGUUUUACCAAGUAAAACAUAGACCCUUAAGGUAAAAGGACUUCGUUUCCAGUUCAUUUGUCAAGCUUUGAAACUAAGCUAUUCUUGAUAAAUUUUAAGGAAUUUGCUUGACGAGUUUACUUUAAAUGAAUUUUAUUUAUAAUGGAAGAAUUCAAACAUCCAAUUACAGCUACCAAAAAAAGGGCUGAAUAUGAUUUAUUUUUUUCACUGGAAAAAAAGAUUUUCCGAGUCAUUUUCCCUGGCGAGGGGAAUGAUUCACUGAGAAUUUUAACUUCACAGUGAAAUCUUGUACAGCACACUUUAUAGUAGGGAAAAUUAAUAAGGGAAAAGGCGAGGGUGGUCUAUUUUCUCAAACCAUCAGAGACACCGUCUGGUCUCUCCUAGGAUCCUGAAGGAUCUCUUUUCCCUGAGGACUAGUGACCAUGUUUCUCUUUCUCUUGGCCCUUGGAAGUUGUUAAAGCAUCGUCAAUUGGCUCACCUAAUCAAAAGCUAUCAAUUACGACGAAAGGAUAAACUUCAACACCUCAUCCUGAAACCACAGCCUUUUGCCAUCUGGCCAAAAUUUCCAUUCAGUUGUUUGUCUUCCUCAGAUCUAUGGCAUAGCCAAAAUGCAGUACACACUGUCCUAUAAUGCCUCUGAAGUUCCUCUUCCUUUGUGCUUUUGUUGGGUGGUCCUCCUUUAAACUGUAGUACUUCUUGCUCUCAACUACUAGAAGCCUGUCGACCUACCAGUUCUUCAAAGUGUUGCUCAAAUCUCCUUGAAGUCUUCCCAUCCCAUUCUAGGUCACAGGAAGUCUUUCUCCUUUGAACUCUUAAGGCUUUAUUCCUUAUGCAAUGAAUUUGCAAUUAACUGUAGCUUUGUGAACAAUAUAGCCUCCUUCCUCAAUUCCUUUUUUUGUUCUUAUAUUUUCUUGUGUUUGUCUUCCAUUAGACAGGGUUUACUUAAGAAAGAAAACAAAAAACAAAACUUCUUGGGAACUUUCACAAAGUUCCAGUGUCCAUUAUAAAAUAGCAUCUCGGGCCCCUGGGUGCAACGGACUUUUGGCUUUGGCUCAGGCCAUGGGCUCAGUGUCCUGAGCCCCCAGUGGGGCUCUGCACUCAAGCGGCUGAGUCUGCUUGAGAUUCACUCUCCUCCUUCCCCUUCUGCUCCUCCCCCCAACUCGAGCUCUCUGUCAAAUAAAAUCUUUUAAAAACCGAA